UCGCAACCAACAACGGGACACGGAGAAGCAACGGAGUUCGAAUCACCCCAUAGUAUCCCAGAACCAAUCUGCAGUGUUGCUACACCCGUUCAACCAACUAAAUGGGGGGAAAGUGCCCAGAUUGCGGCUUCAACAACCGGACACGGGCAGAGUCAUGCGAGCGCUGCCGACGCCACCCUCUCCCUAUGUUGAUCCUUCUCCAUGAUCACCAUCUCAAUGCCGCUCAGCCUACCAACGCUCCUCAGCCUACCAACGCUCCUCAGACUGGCACUGCUCCUCAGACUGGCACUGCUCCUCAGACUGGCACUGCCCCUCAGACUGGCACUGCUCCUCAGACUGGCACUGCCCCUCAGACCGGCACUGCCCCUCAGACUGGCACUAAUAACACGGGCGAGACGGGUGAGACGGACCGGGGUGUUGAUGUGGACUAGGGCAGAAAUGGUGGAAAUAAGGGGUGUGACUACGACAAGAAGGGGGCAGCGGAAGGAAAUCAGGAUGGAAAGGGUGGCGACGACGACGGAAAGGGAGUCGGUGGUAGUGCAGGUGGAUAUGUUGGAGACACGGCUGGGGCAGUUGUGGCGGGUGUUUAGUGAGGGGCGAUGAUAGAGGAGGUCAAGGACAUUGGUAGAGAGACAGCGGAGGCAGCUGCGGUGAGCUGUCAACAGGGGUCGGAAUUUCCACGGCAUUAUCGCAUGGAGGAAGAAGGCAAGUAUCACUCAUUUCUAUUUCAUAUCAGACACUUUCAUAGUGUUGAGCGGCUUUUCCUGGAGCUCUAAGUUCGAGGAUUUUCGAGUUUAGAUAGCAUAUUUCAGCGCGCAGAGGUAGAUAGCACAUGAUAGAUCCUCUCCUA